AUGGCUGCCUCAUUACCCAGCGCUGACCAGACUCUUCCCUUUUCACAGCCUGUAUGUCAGAACUGCCAGACCUCGACCACUCCUCUAUGGCGGCGCGAUGAAGCUGGCUCGGUCUUGUGCAACGCCUGCGGACUUUUCCUCAAGUUGCACGGCCGUCCGCGCCCAAUCAGUCUCAAGACAGAUGUAAUCAAGAGUCGCAAUAGGGUCAAGACGACCACUGCGCUGCCCAAGAAGAAGGUGCGCCUUACAGCGACUGGCAAGAUCCGCGUCGUGUAUGCUGACUCUGCACAGUACGAGCCCAACAGCACCUCUGCGCCCAUCACGGAGGUAUCCGCCCCCAAUGGCUUCAGUCUACAUCGUCGUGUUUCACAGAUGGCCACGACAACUGCACCUUCCGAACGAUCUCACUCUCCUGUCUCGCGGACGGGCACGCCAGGGGCGCAGCACGAUCCCAACAUUGCGCCUCAGCACGUGUUCGAUGGCGCAUCUGCCGCAGUGGCCGACCACACCAACUCCUCCCCUUCUCUCCCUGGCGUCCACUCGUUCAGUCAUCCAUCCCCCGGCGCAACUGCAUUGACCGCAGAUCGAUCCGAGUCGAUGACCUACGAACAACUUGUCGCCGUCAACACCAACCUCCGCACGCGGGUGUCGGAACUAGAAGUCAUCAACGGCUUCUACUCGGACAAUGAGAACAAUCUGCGUCGCGAGCGCGACAGCGCUGUUCGAGAGCGCGAUGAUCUGAAACGAAGAGUUGAAGAGCUGGAAAAGCAGCUCCAGGAACGUGAUGAUGCAGCCCACCCUGCAAAGAAGCCUCGACUAUCGCAGGAACCUCAGGAAUGA